UUGCAGAGGAAAGAAAAAAUUUGGCAAUUUGAUUUUGGUUUGGUGCACACUAGUUACUAUCAACGUAAAAAUAGUGAAGUUUUUGAAGUUCUUUUGAAGUGUUUAGUGAGAAAGAGUCCAGAUAAAGUAUCCAAAGAAGAUGUUGAAGAUUUUUUUGACAUUUCUGAUAUAAUGAUGGAUUUAAAACAUGAAAACAUAAUUGAGUUCGUCGGCAUUGUCAGUUACCCCUAUUAUAUCAUUGUGACUGAAUUUGUGAACGAAAAUUUGAAGACACAUUUAAAAAGUGUUAGCCACUACCAUUAUAAUGCUUCUGAUUAUCAUAGAAUCUGUGUGCAAAUCGCCAGCGUUUUGAAAUACCUCGAACUUCAGCGUUACGUCAUACACAGAAAAAUUUGUUGCAACAGUUUUCUAAUCACAGCGAAUACAGCUACGGUAAAAUUGUUCAAUUUCUCAAGGGCAAGGAAAGUGGACAGUGACGAGUUUGUGGGAGAGGAGACGGAUGAUGUCGACGUAAUAGGAGCAGCUCCAGAAACUUUGAAAUCGAACUUCUACAGUACAAAAACAGACGUCUGGUCGGCUGGUUUCACUUUCUGGGAAGUGUUCUCCAAGGGUGAGAGGCCAUUUGAAACAACUCCUCUCGAGUUAUAUAUUGCUAUAUGUUAUACUGGUGUGUUUCUAGAAAUCCCGGAUUCGUGUCCUGUCGGAGUUUUCAACGUAAUCAAAUCAUGUCUGCGUUCCAAGCCAGAACAUAGGCUCACCUCAGCCGAACUA